UAAGACAUUGUUUCCAAACCUUUAUAAGUUUUCUACACCUUAUCUACUUAUAAUACAUUAUUUUCAAAAGCUCAAAUUUUCAAAACUCCGAAGUCCUAAAAUUUAGAAAUUAGUAAACGCUGUCCUUACAACGCUAGUGUUCUCUAGUUCUCUUGGUUACAAUCUGUAACCUAUUUCAUCUAUGGACAUCGCUUUUAAAAAGCAUGGCGUUGUAUUUACACGUGUUUGAUUAAAAUUUUGACAGAACGAAACAUUUAGUUUUUUAACCAUGGAUGCAAACAAAAUGAAACGAAGAAAUUUUAGAAGAUACAGUAAAGUACCCAUCAGCAAAGAACAAUUAGAAAAAUAUGAUAAAGGUACUGGAAUUAAUUUGAAGCCAGGAACGUCUACAAUAAAGAAUAAACUAAUAAAACAUAAAUUGAAAAGGAAAGAGAGGCUUAUUGACAAUGCGAUAAAGGAUACUGCACGGACUGAAUUGCUUUUAACAGAAGAGUAUGGUUGUUUGGAGGCUGAUCCUGGCGAAACGACAUUACAAUAUAAACAAACGCAAAUUGCAAACAAUGUAGACAUAACCAGUGCAACUAAACACUUUACAUUAAACUUACAAUUUGGACCAUAUUAUAUAAAAUAUACAAGAAAUGGUAGACAUUUACUUCUAGGUGGAAGACAGGGACAUGUAGCUGCUUUUGAUUGGGUCACUAAAAAAUUAGCAUGCGAAAUGAAUGUCAUGGAAUCAGUGCAUGAUAUAUCAUGGCUACAUGUAGAAACAAUGUAUGCAGUUGCACAAAAGGACUGGGUAUACAUAUAUGAUAAUGUUGGAAUUGAACUUCAUUGUUUGAAAUCAAUGUAUAAAGUUAAUAAGCUGGAAUUUUUGCCAUAUCACUUUUUGCUAGCCAGUGGAUCUAGACAAGGUUACUUAUCAUGGCUGGAUAUUUCUAUAGGGAAAUUUAUAUCCACUUUUAAUUCUAAAUUAGGAAAUAUAGUGGUGAUGACACAGAAUCCCAGUAAUGCAGUACUUUGUGUGGGAGACAUAAAAGGUGUAGUUUCUAUGUGGUCUCCUAAUAGUACCAAACCAUUGGCAAAAAUGUUAUGUCACACUCAGCCAGUAAGUGCCUGUACUGUUCAUCCACAUGGAACUUACAUGGCAACCGGGUGUGCAGGUGGAUAUGUAAAGGUGUGGGAUAUUAGACAAUUAGCAGGUCCAGUACAUAAUUAUCAUACACGUUCUGCUGUUCAUCGUUUGUCUUACAGUCAACGUGGUCACCUGGCAAUGUCAAUGGGAAAUGUAGUAGAAAUUUAUCGACCCUCUGAAGAUGAAACAAAAGCAUAUUUGCGACAUAGACCUAGUUGGCCUGUAACAAGUAUGCAAUUCUGUCCAUAUGAAGAUGUUCUAGGUAUUGGUACAAGAGGCGGAAUUUCUUCACUAUUGGUACCUGGGAGUGGAGAAGCAAAUUAUGAUGCUUAUGAAAAUAAUCCGUUCCAGACUAAGGAACAAAGACGCGAAGCCGAAGUAAAGGCUCUGCUAGAUAAGAUUCAACCAGAGUUAAUUUCUUUAGAUCCAAUUUCAAUAACAGAAGUUGAUGUGCCUACUCUACAAGAUAAAGUAGAAGCAAAGAAAAAACUCUUGUAUCUUAAACCGAAAAAUAUCGACUUCAAGCCUCGCAGGACAAAAGCUAAAGGGAAAGGUGGAACGGCGAAAGUAAUCAAAACUAAAAAGAUUUUAAAGGAUUUGAGCAAAAAGGAAACCAUUGAUAUACUUCGUCAGGCUGAUAUUCAACCAGAUACUAAGAAGAUAGAAAAACCUCAAAAAGAUUAUGGGGUGUUAAAUAGAUUUGUAUCAAACCCUAGUAAAAAUAGAAAUAAAUAACGUUUUAUCUAUACUAGGAAGAUUACAAGUAUUUAUAUCUUGUACAUAUUUCUACUUAUCUUUAUCGCGUAUGUAAUUAAAAUAAAAUACUAUAUGUAAUUAAAAUAAAACUUUUUUUAAAAGA